AUGGGUCGCAAACCCAACGCGCUCAUCCUCGAGUUCUUUAUUCGAGGGCAGAAACUCGAGGAUGCUAGUAAUCGCUAUCAGCAUACAUGCAAGGCGUGCGGCGAAAAAUUUCCUAAAGGUCGCAUUGACAGCCUCACCAAUCACCUGGUGAAGAAAUGCCAGGCGAUCCCGCUACGGGACCGACAACGCGUCCUGUUGCGACUCCAUGAAUUGCCCGACCUCGCCGAUGGUGACCAGAACAAAGACCCGAAUGCUGCCGGACAGAACAAGGGAAAGACGGGCGACGUACCCUUCACGACGCGACAAAAUUUCGACGGCCUGAAUGUGUUGGCCGAGGCGUCGAGACAAGUGGGUGCUUCUGACCAGUCUAAGCGAGGACCUGCUUAUACGCAGUCUGUCACCGUUGGUGGAAAGACUGUGGUUGUUGACCCUGCGCUUGAGGCAGAGGGAUUUCAGGGCCACCCUGCUCAGUCUGAGCAAAUGGACGAGGACGUGAAGGUUCCUGUAUCUCCCCAAUCGCCCAACGACGCGACGGCGAUUCCUUCACUCCCUCCUACCGGUUCGCUUGAUCCAACCUCGUCCACUUCUCCGCCACUGCCAGAGACUUCUUUGACUCCUGACCCAACCGCCACUUCUCGGCAGUCGCAGCUGUCUAUGAUCGCCGCAUCUGCUAGUGAAAUGAUGGGUUCUGCAUGGAACCAACAGCUCUCGACUCAGGAACAAUUGUUGUUCGACAGCCUUCAGGAGCAUGAUCCGACGCUGACCGCAGCGACCCAACGCGCAGCCUCCUUUCCUCGUCCCAUUGCGAUGAAUCCGAACUCUCAGGCCAAGGGUUUUGUGAACGAGUUUGGCAAUUCCACCAAACCGGCUAAGCCCAAGGUUCGCGGUCGGUUCUCUGCAGCUAGACGCAGAGAGGUUCAGGAAGUGAGGAAAAGGGGUGCGUGCAUACGGUGUCGCAUGCUCAAGAAACCUUGCUCUGGGGACAGCCCGUGUACCACCUGCGCUAGUGUCGAAAGUGCACGUCUGUGGAAACACCCUUGCAUCCGCACUCGAAUUGCGGAGGAGUUUGAAUUGUACAAUGCCAACCUGCACGCAACGUUGGCUUAUCACGAUGUUAGUAGUAUACGAAACCAGGUCAAGUUUGAACACUAUGCAGGACGUAUUGAAGUCACCCAUUUUGAAGAGAGCAUGGUCUUCGUUACCUUCAGUGGGCUCCAGGGCCAUAAGGCAUCGGCCUCGGCACUUGAUCCCCAACUUCAGGGACUUGGUGACGAGACUCAAUUCCAGGGUCCUCUUCAAGAAAUCUACCUGCUAGACAGCGACCAAGAUGAUUUACCGGGGAAAAUUGAGAUGUAUAUUAAGAAAACGGCGCCGUUUUUCUACGAGCGCGAGGCUUCCGAAGUCAUGAGACCUACCUUGAUGCUAGCAGCAGAGCUGGCCCAGCAGAAGAAGGAUUUAUUAUUAGAAAGGGUGCUGGAGUUGUGGGUUGCCACACAUAUUCUGGUUGACGCGGAGCUGCAUUGGAAGACUUUUAGCAAUCCGACCCUACCGCCUGCUUCGUUGCAUUCCCUUGGGCAGACAGCGGAUGAGGGGCGUAUCCCAAUUGACGAGAUUACAAACGCUGAGUCUUACGCACUAUUGUGCGGCCAGCUGCGCUCUGCAACCGAGAAGCGAGCAUCGUCCCUAAGCAAGUCGGUGAUGAAUGACCUGGAACGGAGGCUGCUCCAGCGCCAGCAGAGCGGCUGGUUUGAGACCUUCCUAGUUUCUCUCAUUCUUUUGAACUGUGUAGAGAGGACCUGCUGGCUGUUCCGGUCCUGGGAUGAUGAGAACUUUGCACAGCGGUGGCCGCUUGACAAGCGCCCUCCAUACUAUGCGACGCAGGGCGACCGUUUCUCGGAUAUAUUGCACAUGUUGUUGAAGAUGCGCAGUCUACCACCCAAGGCGACCCCGCUGCAGGACGGCGGAAUCUUAAAGGCCGUGGACGGUAGCGAUGAGAACGCGAUCCGCUGGUUCGACAUGAUCAAAAUUUCCCCACUUUUCCUUGAACAGCGCCUAGCUGCAGGAUUCGACCCCACUGAUUCUCGAUCGUUUGACUUCCGUUAUGGGGCGAAGUUGCUCCCGCCUGCGAAUGUGUAUGCGUGA